AUGAAUCAAGAUCAAAUUGAAGCUUUAGAGAAAGCAAUGAAUCAUUUUUGGAAUUUUAAUCUUUCUGAAAGUGAAAAUAUUUUAUUGCCACAUAUUUCAAAAUAUCCAUUAUUUUCAUUAUUAUAUUCAGAUAUUGCAUUUGUUAAAUCAGUAUUAACCGAAACCAAAGAAGAUUAUGCAGAAGCAAGAAAUAGAAUUAGUGAAUGUAAAAAAUUAGCAAGAGGAUUACAAUUAUCACAAAAACCAUUAUAUCUUCAACAAGAGAAGGAUGAGAAAAAGAAUGGUAAUGGAGCAUCGAGUGCGACAACACCAGGUGGUGCAGGAUCAUCAAUAUACACCAAAGCAGAAUAUUUAAUUAGUAAACUUAUUUAUGCAGAGACUAUGAUUAUGAAGGGUGUAAUUGAAUUUAAAGCACAAAAUAAUAUUAAAGCAUGCAUUGCAUUAAAGAAUAGUUGGAAGCAGUAUUACCAAGCAUUUGAGAUUAUAAAGGACCUCCCAUCGACAUUCCCAAUUUACAAUCAUUUGGUUAGUUUAGCAAAUUAUGGUGUUGGUAUAUUCCAUUUCCUCGUAUCGGUCGUGCCACCACAGUACAUGUGGUUGAUCGAGGGUAUUGGGUUCAAGGGUAAUCGUAUGGAGGGUUUGAAGGAGAUUAAAGCAUCAAGUGAUUCACCUAAUGGUAUUAGAACAGUUAUGUCAAAGGUCGCAUUGGUAUUGUUGCAUGUCUUCUUUUUCGAAGAUUAUAAACAAUCUGAGCCAUUGAUCGACCACUUGAUUAAACAGUAUCCACAAGGUGCACUCAUUCAUUAUCUUAGUGGUGCAUGUUUACGUAAGCAAGGUAAAAUCAAGGAAUCCACUCAAAGUUAUAGUAUCGCUUGUGAAACAAGUUCACAAUUGAAACAAUUACAAUUAUUCAUUGAAUCUGAAUUGGGUUAUAAUGAAUUCUUAAAUUUAAAUUGGUCAUCCGCUGAAACUUAUCUCGCCAAAUUCCUUAGUGAAACUACAAGUUCAGGCUUUAAAGCUUUCAUUGCUUAUCAAUUGGCACUUUGUUAUGAAAUGCAAGGUAAUACAGACGCUGCCACAAAUACCAUGAAAAUUAUACCAACAUUUGUAAGAAAAGGUUUCGAUUUUGAUGAAUUCUCUGGUAGAAAAUCCGCAAAAUAUCUCAAACAAAAAUGUUAUCGUGAAUUUGAUAAGAGUUAUCUCUCUGCAUCUUUAUUGAAUGAAGCUCAUCAAUUUGAAGAAAGUAUUAAAGUUUUAGAAAAAUCAUUAGAAAAAAGAAAUGAAAUGACUCAUGACGAUAUUGCUUGUGCUGAAUAUCUUUUAGGUUCAAAUUAUCAAUUAUUAGGUAAAAAAGAUGAAGCUAAAAAAUAUUAUUUAUCAUCCUUAUCACAUGAAAAACAAAUUACAAGCGAUUAUUUUAUUAUACCAUAUUGUAAUGUUGGUUUAGCAGAAAUUAGUUUUUCUGAAGAUAAGAAAUCUGAUUGUAAAAAUUAUAUUAAAAAAGCAAAAGGCUAUUCUGCAAAUCAAUAUGAUUUCCCUUCUGUAUUAGAUUGGAGAGUUCGUAAAGUGGCCCAAUUAUCAAAUACUGAUGUUUAA